GUGAAAAAUAAAGCAUUUGGUUGGCUACUUCUGCAGCUUUAGAUGGAGCACAGGAGGUUAACAAUGACACCAGACUCAGCUGCUGGAUAGCUUGCUGUCGGACAAUGUCACAGAGUGGAAUGAAGCAAAGGAAAUUGGGAGUUCACCCUGAAAACGAAUCCUUGCAUGCUGAAUUGACACAACAAAAAAGGUUACACUCUGUAUCACAGUGUGGUUCACAAACCAGCCGACACAAUGGUAGAAGAUGAUGCAGCAGGAAGUGGAGACAGAUCAGAGGGUGAGAAAGAGCUGGAUCUGAAAGUGCUUGCAUCUGAAGACACUGAUGGCCACGUAGAAGACGGAGAAGUAGAGAUGGCUGUCUCUGCUUCUGAGGCCCCGUCUCUCUCCGAAGGUCUCCCAGUGGAAGCCAAGCAGCCCAGAAAGUGGAAGUGGGCUGUGAUAUUCUUGUGUUUCUAUGGGUUUAUGUCAUCCAUAAAGCCUGGGGAGCCGUUCAUUACACCGUAUCUGCUCAGCUCUGAGAAGAACUUCACCAGGAAAGAGGUGACCAAUGAGAUUACUCCUGUGCUGACGUAUUCCUACAUGGUCGUGCUGGUGCCGGCCUUCCUGCUGACUGAUCUUCUGCGCUACAAGCCAGUCCUGAUUAUCCAGGGCAUCAGUCAGGUGGUCAUUUGGCUCAUUCUGCUGCUGGGCACCACCCUCUUUGAGAUGCAGAUGAUGGAGUUCUUCUAUGGUAUCACCAUGGCCUGCCGCGUUGCCUACUCCUCCUACAUUUUCUCCCUGGUCAGCCCUGUCCUCUACCAGCGAGUGGCCGGAUACUCGCGCACCUCAGUCCUCUUGGGGGUGUUCACCAGCUCGGUGCUGGGUCAGCUCUGCAUGUCUCUGGGCAACGUCAGCUUCUACACCCUCAACGCCAUAUCUUUGGGUUUCGUCAGCUUUGGUCUGCUGCUCGCAUUGUGCCUGCCGUGGCCUAAACGCUCCCUGUUUUUCAACCAGAUGCGGAAUCAGGAGAGAAAGGAACUGGCUGCAUCGGAAGCUACCAAAUCAGAACUGGACAAAAUGAAGCCGAAAGAGAGUGAGGCGUCCUCUGCCGCCCCCCCGUGCUCUUCAUCACGCUGGAAGGAUUCUAUCUUUGUGCAGAUGCUGCUGGAGGUGAGAAACGUGAUCCGGAGGCCAAACCUGAGGCUCUGGUCCUUGUGGUGGGUGUUCAACUCCACCGGGUACUACCUGGUGUUGUUCUACGUCCACAUCCUGUGGAACAAAGUCUACCCAGCCACUGAGAACAAGGAUGUUUACAACGGGGGAGUGGAGGCAGCUUCUACCUUACUGAGUGCAAUCACUUCCUUCAUGGCAGGCUAUGUUAAAAUCCGGUGGAAUGUCUGGUCUGAGCUGGUGAUCGGUAUUAUCACAGCGUUGCAAGCAGGUCUGCUGCUCCUCAUGGGCAACACAAAUAACAUUUGGGUCUGCUACACUGCCUACGUCCUCUUCAGAGGCUUCUACCAGUUCCUGGUGCCCAUUGCCACUUUCCAGAUAGCCUCAUCACUCACCAAGGAGCUGUGUGCGCUGGUGUUUGGCAUCAACACCUUCUUGGGGACAAUUCUGAAGAGCAUCAUCAGCCUGAUAUUUUCUGACAAGAGGGGCCUGGCAUUGGAUGUGCACUCUCAGUUCCUGGUGUACUUCAUUUACUUCACCAUUCUUACUGUCGUCUACUUUGUCUGUGCUGCUGUGGUCAUCUUCCGUCACUAUAGAAACCAGCCCAGGGCAGGAGGCAGGGCCGAGGACCAGGCCACGCCCACAGAGCUCAGUCCUGUGGCAGUAAAUUCGGAGGCAGAACCUUUGUCUAACGGCAAAAGUGCCAAAGCAUAACGUCAAGAAACGUUUCUCGCCUUACACCAUUUUCCAUCCACAUGUUAUCUUUAUCUAGACCCAAGUGUUCGUUAAUAUGCUCCUCAGACUCAGAGGGAUCAAGCCUUUGUAACCCUCUGUUGUUGAUACAGAAGCUCGUUCAGUGUUCGCUGCUGAGCCUUAAUUACAGAAGUGCCUCAUCUGCUCGACACGAGCUUGACAGGUUGCAGGCAUCUUGUGUCUGACGUCUUGGGAGAGUUUUGUUUUUGUUUUUGAGGAUCAGAUGUGAUUUGUUGUAACUGUGCAGGCGAUAAAAUCCUACUUUUUAUUCAGUGGAACGCAAUAAGUGGCACUAUGCUUCAGUAUUGUGGAAAAUCAUCUUAUAUACAGCAAGGGACCAUUAAUGUAAUGGCCAAAAGCUUUUUUUUUGUAUGUUGUAUAUGAGAAUUUGCAGGUUUAACACGGUAAACUGUCAGUGGUUUGCCCUUCAAUCAAAGGUUAAAAAAGGCUCAAAGGCUAAAAAUGA